ACGGAUGAUAGAGGAUUCUCAACUCUCUCAUUUUAAGUUUGUUUGUCACAAUAUAAAGGAAACAGACUUCUGAUAUAGGAAUUACUUGAAAAAUUUUAAUAGGAGCCCUCAGACUGCAUUUGGAAUUGUUUGACUAAUCAUAAGCGAAUAGCCUGUAAUAUCGGCUACGAAGCGAAAAAUUGGGCUGACAUCAGUGACUACUAUGAAUUUAUAAUGGAAGAAGAAUCUCCUCUUCGAAACGAACUUAGAAGUAGUUUGAGAUAGCGCGGAAAUUAAAGAAAUAGUGCUGAAAAAUCUGAAAUAUUACCUGCUGUUUGAAGAGAAAGUAAUGUAAGUAAUGUCCCUCCUUAUCUUUCCAGAAGGCGUCUCGUAAAAGAAUGCAAAAAUAUGAAUGAUAUUCGGCUAGAGCACAAAUUUUUACCUAUUUGGGGUGAAGGCAGGAGAUUUUUAAUGCUUUUCCUUCGAAAAAUUCACCCCUUUCAAACAUACCUUCAGUAUUUUUUUUAAAGUCAUACUCAUAUAUAAUCUCUAGAAGCGAACAAUCUUUUUUUGUCGGGCCUCGAUGCGCAUCGAUGCGAAUUUUUAACAUUCUUUCUGGCAUCAGUGCGUCGUAUUUUACAGUACCAAAAAGGGUUUUUUCUCCAGAAUAAAACCCAAAUUUGGUAUUUUCAAACAUAUUAUAUGUUUGAAAAUAUUAAGUAGAAUUAUUUAUUUUCGUUCGUAUUUAUAGUAGUAGUAUUUUUAGUGGACAUUUUUUAUUUAGUACCAGCCAUUCCAAAAGAACAUGGUGUUUAGGGAUCAUCUUUGCAGAAUGUCUGGGAAAGAAAAAGAAAGCUAGCUCUAUGAUAUAUUAUCUAUAUUCUGUAAUAAAUCUAAAUUCUUUAUUUCAUUAUCCGUAGACGACCUUUUUUGUGUUAUCAAAGUUAACUGAUUUCUCGCGACAUCUAUCUCUGAACUGCAGAAAAAGUUUGCUUAGGUUUGCUUUCUCUGCAUCAGUAGGUGUUUCAGGUCAUCUCUUUGAAUAUUUUCACUCUCGUAGUUAAAACACAAUUUUCUAUUUUUCUCCCUUAUGAUUGGCUUAUACACACAAUAUCCAUGCCUGUUAGCCGUUUUUCCGUAUUUUGAGCACAGACAUACAUACAACCAUUUUGUCAGGCCUAGACUGAAUUCAAGGGAAAAAGCAUUAUAGAAGGACUGGAAGAAGAUCAUGAUUUCUAUACUCUUAAGAAGCAAACACCGCGGUAGCACUCUUCUUUUUUUGUUUUUGUUUUUUCUAUCUCUCUGUCUAGUACACUAGUUUACUUUUUAUUUUUGUUUUUUUAUUGUUCUAUUUAUAGGUUCUUACUGUUGUUGUUUGGCUUGAGUCAUUGUUAUUAUAGAUCGAGGACCUUUGAUAACUCUCACUUUUCGCGAAUAAAUUAGUCUUAGUCUUCGUUCACAAGGCUUACCAUUUGAAAUGAUUUAGCUAAAAAGAAUAAAACCAAGGGUACCGAGUUCCCUUUAAAUUUAUACUCCGAUUUUUGAGAGGUACAGAAAGUGCUUUCAGCUAUACUUUGACACUACCUUCUAUCCUAUGUCAUCUGCGGAGCAGGGAGAACGAACCACAGAAGACUUUUCGGAAUGUCCUUCACGUAUGAGCAAGAAAUACGCGUAAACCUAACCUAGAAAACCAAAAGGUGUUCUAAGAUACGGAAACUGGUUCUUAUUAGUAACAAAUGCAGAUACCCUGUUUUGGGUUUUGUAGGAUACCUUGUUUUUUAGAGUGUGGUUAGAGUGACAGACUACUAAUCUGUCAGACAUAGGUUCAAUUUCUUUACAUCUGACGUUAUUAUUCCUUUUUCUUUUCUGUUGACGAUUUGCGGGCUGUUUUUAAACCAUUUACUGACAGUUAACUGCCUAAAAACGUCCUAUAAACCGUCUACUUUACGUAGACCGUUUUAGCGCCGUAAAUUGGUAGUUCAAACUGUCUGAAAACUGCCUAUUUACAGCCAGUAAACCGUCUUUUAACGGUCAAGCUUCUCAUGGAAAUUUGAUAUAUGAGAACGCGGUUUACUGGCAGUUUUUAGACAGUUAAAAAACCACCUAUUUACGGUGGUAAAACCAUACCAUCCGAACCAUCAAAAAACCAUCUAAAAACUGUCUGAACGGUCUAAAAACGGCCGGUAAACUGCCUGUCAACUGGCAAUUAACCGGGAGUUAACUGGCAGUUAACUUGGGAAUUUUCAAUGCCCUGGGUACACGAGCACAAAUAGUCGUACAUCAAAUUGUGCUUGUGUCUAGGUUGGACUUAGUCAACUUAAUUUUUAAUGCAUUUUCCAGGUGCAUACUGAGCUAGAUUGAUUAAAGCGAACUUGUUUACUUAAAAGAUGAAUAACUAAAUUUAACAGUUUGUGAAUACAAAAGUAUAUAUGUGUUCAUCUUGUCAUUACAUGACAUUUUUUGUUCGACAUAUACAAAGCCAGUGGAUUUUGUUAAAUGAUCAAUAAAUUACUCAAAUGAAAUAAAACAACGUAUAGAACCGAUACAUAUUCGACUAAAUAUAAUGGUGUAUGCUUGAGAUGAAACAAACAGCAAAUCACCAUUUUGAACGAAUAAUUAAAACAUCAAAACAUUUUUAUGUUUAAUUCUAAGAUUUUAUAACGAAAAUAUGUUUAUUGUCGAUAAAAACAGAAGACUGAGGAGAUUUGUAUUGUUUGUCGAAUAUAUAUUCCAGCUAUUGUUUAAUUGACCUCAAGCAUAUUUGUCAAUGGGCGAAUAUCAUUAACUGUCAUAGAAUUAUAUCUCUAAAAUAAAGUAUUUCUAAUUUUGUAUUUGUUUUAAUGAAUCACACAAAUAUCAAUCUCUAAUUUGUCUAAAUUUAAACUUUCCAAUUUAUGGUUUUCAAAUAUUGAUUUUAUUUCCGUCUGUUCACAAUCUACAUCACAACAAUCGUCGAUAAUCAAUAUUUCUAGUGUUAAAUUCAGUUCAACAGCGUUUAUAAUAAAAUGAAAAUAGCAAUUAAAUUAUUAAAAUUGUCAGUUAAAUGGUGGAUGAAUUCCGGAAAAAUAGCUUUGGAAUAUAUUGAAUGUAUUCCAAACCUUUAUUAUACUAUUUUGAAAUUAUAUGAAAAAUUAAACGAUCUAUCAUUGCCUAUUUUUUAUUGCAGUGAGUUAGCUAGCCCAUGUCAUCUUUUUUUAUUACAUACGGACGGUAUACCGAAAUACUGUCCGGCAUACCACGGUUUACCGGCGGUAUUUGUGGCUACCGCGACACAGAAAAAAACUGGGUGGUAUAUCGCGUGUAAAGAAUUCACUAAGGAAUAAUUAAACAUAAUUAUGAAUCGUUUAAAAAUAAUUCAGUAUAUGUUCAACCCUAAUAAAUAAACUCUGUUCUAGCUUAUCUUUAUAUUAUAGCAUUAGUGUAGAACAAUGUUAAGCUUUUAUAACUUAUUUAUAGCUCAGUAUAGUGUCCAAUAGUAUAAUCAAAAUGGCUGCUCCUUUGUAUUCGAAGGCAAUGAAAGUCAGAUACAUUCUAUUCAUAAGUCGCUAUAAUCAACACAAAUUUCUAACGAAAUUACAUUGCUGCGUCGGUACUUGAAUAGGAUUGGUGCGUACUCGAAAACAACAAAAAGACAAACUUUAUCUCCAUAUGUUCUUUUUUUAUUAGGCAAAAACUUGUGCCAUAUUGUGUGUACGUAGAACAUUUACGUAGAAGUUUAGCCUGCCAACGCUUUUGAGGUUGAUAGUAUUUUUUGCAAAACGAGGAGAAAAGUUUGAAAUUUAAGAUGAAGAUUCUUGGCACUAGGGAUGUAAAAAAGAGUGAAAGAAAUCGAUGGAAAAAGCUGAAAAAAUCUUAUGGAGAAGUUAUUAGCGUUGUUGAAGUACUGUUUGAAACGGAAUUUGAUUGCAACUUCUAUUCAUAAGUAAAUGCUUUUAUAUUUUAAGUCAUUUUAUCCAUUUUCGAUAUGUCUGAAGAAAAGUAUUAUAGUCGUAAAAGUAUAUAAAGAACGAGAACGUCGUCGCCAACAACAUCAACAAUGCCAUUUUCUUCCAGAAUCAGACAAUAGUUUUAAUGAAAGCGAUGUUAAUAAUAAUGAAUGUAUAGAUUUACCAGAAUCAAUAAUACCUGAUGAAGUUAGCUGUGUUUCAAUGAAUUAUUCACGUUAGAUACUUAAAGAUGAUUAUGUGACUGACGAGCAUGACAAUUUAGGAAACCCCCAAAACAAAUAUGAAGAUGAAUCACCUCCACUUUAUAAUGGAAGUAAAAUAUCUGUCAUGAAUGCAGUACAAAUGGUAAUGAAAUUUUCAUUAGAUGCAAAUUUAGAUAAAUCAACAAUAAUUAAGUUAAUGAAACUUGUUAAAUUAAUACUUCCUAAUCCAAACUUAUUACCAACAACACAUAAAAGUAUACUUGGUACAUUUGGUAAAACUACAUUAUCUACAACAAAACAUUUAUGUUCACAUUGUCUAUCGGUGAAUAAAAUAUUGAGAAAUAAUCAGAUUACAGAAGUUGUUACAUUAGAUAUACGAUCCAGAAUUAGAUUAAUAAUUAGAAGAAAUAUGUCAUUAAUGAGUGAACAUACUGAAUUAUUUCCACAAAGUGAUAUAUCACAUUUUUCACAUUACAGAACAACAACUAUAAACCAAGUCAAUACAAUAACAUUAAUGUUGUAUGCAGAUGGUGCACCAUUAGUUCGAAGUACAAAGCGAUGGCUGUGGCCAUGUUUUGCAUCUAUUGUGGAAAUACCACCCCCAGCCAGAGAUCAUGAGCAAAAUAUUAUGGUUGUAGCAUUAUGGGUAGGCCGUGGCAAACCAGGUGUGAAUGUUUUUUUAAAUGAAUCAAUACAGCAAAUAAAAGAUUUAAUGGAUAAUGGAACCACAAUAUUUGUUGAUGAUAAUGAAUUUAAAAUUAUUCUACGUACACAAUGCUUUAUUUCUGAACUUCCUGCCAAAUCUUUAUUUUUAAAAACAGUCAAUUUUAAUGGAUAUUAUGCUUGUACAUGCUGUGAAACAUCAGUAUUAUAUCCUUAUAAUGAAAACAAUUACACUGAAAGAACACAUGAUGAAUUUACAAGAAUGGCAACUGAAGCUGGUGGACGUGAGGUGGUAAUUCGUGGUAUUAAAGGUGUAUCGGCUUUGUUACAGAUUUUAAAAUAUCCGUCACAAAUCAUUUUUGAUUAUAUGCACUUAGUAUAUAAAUUAAUUAUUAUUGAUUACAUUUUAUCAAAAAUUCAACUUCCACACAAUAUGAAUGUUACAUUCGAUUAUUCUAUCAAUGCCAUCAAUGAUUGGAAAGUAAAACAUGCACGUUUAUUUGUUUUAUAUGUUGGUCUUCCAGUUCUUAUUGACUGUUUACCAAGUUUAUUUUUAUCACAUUUUGCUGUUUAUCCAAUAUGUAUAAAAUUAUUACAUGUACCAGAAAAUAGAAACGAAAUUAAUAUGGCUAAUGAUUUAAUCUAUUAUUAUUGUCCAUCUGCAUCAUUAGUAUAUAAUCAAUCAAUUGAAUUAUAUAGUUUACACAGCCAUUUACAUUUACCAAAACAAGUGGAUGAACAUGGAGAUUUAGCGUUUACCUCCUCAUUUUCAUUUGAAUCGUGUAUUAGAUAUAUUAAGAAUAAGGUUCAUGGAACUAAACAUCUAGCAGCACAAAUUAGUUUCUGGUGUGAUGUUGAAACUAUUAUACGAACAACAAAAUUUGAAAUAGAAAAAUCAUCUGAUAUUAAUGAAAUCGAUAUUUCAAAUCAUUUAAUGGAUGAAUAUCGUCAAAUAUUAUUAGCUUUAAUCAGUAUUAUAAAACAACCUAUUGAGGAUAUAACAUUCUAUAAGCGUUUCAAACAACCAUUUAUUACAUUUCACACAUAUUUAUAUGAUAAACACUUUAGAUGCGCCAGUUAUAUUAUUUCAUAUAUAAAUGAAGACGAUGAUGUUAUACAUUUUGAUAAUUGUAUAUUAUUUUAUAAAUAUCAAGAUAUGUACUUUUAUAAAUAUCAAGAUAUGUACUUUGUUUUAAUACAAAAAUAUCAAUUAUCAAAUGAAAAAAUUUCAUCAUUUGUUACAAUUUCCCAAGAAAUAAAUGAAAUAUUAGAUAAAUUAUUUUCAUUACGAGUUCCGCCCGGGGAACCACUCAUAGGUUAUCUUUGA